AUGGGCGUGGCGCUCGUAAUCAAUCGGAAUCGUGAAGGGCCGCGCUUCGUCUUUCACUACCCCAGCAUCAUCACCCCACCGCAAGACUCACAGCACCGCAAGGAACUCAGCAAUGAGGAGGUCGACGAUGAUGACAUUUUUGUUGAGUCGACUGCCGCACACGCGAGAGCGGCACUCGGUGGGUCCCGGGACUUUAUGCCCAACCCGAGUGAGCUGGCGCGCUGGAACCAUGACGACCACCUCGUGGCCGACAAUGGCACGCAGUUUGUGCCAUGGGAGUAUGUUGUCGGGCUGCCGACCAAGGCCCUGGAGGGCAUCUUGACGCCACCGCGUGCAUUCCACAAAAAGCGCUUCCAGAUGUCUCUUGACUCGGUGACGUACAUCUCGUACCCGGUGCACGUCCCAAGCAACGGCGUGUGGGCGCGCCGGCGAAACGCAACGGAUAAGAACAACGGCAAAGCCAAGGACAAGGCGGCAACGACGCGCGGAGCCUCGACUGGGCGUACUGGCGAGACGUCCGCCGGCGGUGCUGCCCCAGCGACGCAGGGCAAAGACAAGGAAGAGAAAGUCAGUUCGAUGACCAUGUUCACCUUGGUAUUCAUCAUGAGCCCCAAGCGUCACGAAGCGAACGAGUUGCUGGACACCAUGUAUACGCAUGUCGUUCGGGAGGUCAACAAAGUGUACAAGUAUUGCCAGGAGAGCGGAGACUUUAUCUGGCAAGAGUGCAAGAAAAUCAUACAGCUCAAAGACCACGCACGGGAAGACAGAGUAAAGAUGAGUGUUUUGUGGAAAGACAUUCUGGCAGUAUCAUCGCUGGCGGCGUCCAUGAGGGACACCUACGAGGCGAUCUCCCGCAACCGGAUUGCCGUUCUGGAACUCAACCUGAGCAAGGGAUCCGUCGGGCAUUCUAUCCAGAUUCCGAUGCCAUUCUUCGCUAGCGAUAUACAGCCCCAGGCAGGCGAUUCCUUAAAAAAUCUCUGGCUCACCACAGCCAACAAUGUCUCGCGGCACGAAACGCUGGACGGCGUGCCAGCCUUUGACAAGUGCUUCGCCCUGCUUCUCACGGAUGACGACGAGACAAAGAUUAUCGCGGAGCUCGAAGCCCGCGGAGAUAAGGCUGCUGCGACUAUGAUCGAACUUGUCAAGGCUUCGAAGCCGACUCUAUCCCUAUCGUCGGCCCCUCGACCGUAUAAAUCAUUUUGCCCUACAAAGAGCCUGCGUCCGGCGUAUUUGCGGAUCUUGGCAUGGCUGAUUCGCGGCGGCUGGGUCUGCCAGUUGUGCACAUUCGCCUACGUCGUUGUCUGGCCCGAAAUCCAAUAUGAGGUCGAGUACAACCUCGAGGCCGAGGACCUCGCACGCAUCAAGCAAAAGCAGCAGCAAAAGAUGAGAGACGGUGGCAGGGGCAAUAUUCAAUCCUCCCGCACAUCCUUGUCCCGUGGUCUGAGCAGUAGCAAUCUUUACCAGGAGAAGGAACACCGGAGGCAACAACACUACGCAGGAGACGAUUCGGACGACGGCGAAGAGGGCGACGUUGGCGAGAUUGGCGGCUUGUCGGAAAUGUCUGGCACGAUGUCGUCGAUGCCGUCCUCGGCGCGCCACGACCGCGACCGUGCUAAGCAUGGUGGGAAGUCAGCUGCCGAGCAUGCCGCCGAGCGAGCGCGGCGCCAGCGCAUGGCCGAAAAGGCGGCGCAUAGCCUGGCUGAGCGGGCCACGGUCCACGCGCGCAAGCCAGUGCCCAAGCGGACAAGCCACCCGUCAAUCAACAAUGCACCGCAUCUCGCAGGCAUCCAGCCAUACGUAAUUAUGGAUGCGAGCAAGCCGACGGGCAAAGAGAGUCUGUUCCUGAGCGCCAUUGAGCGCAACCUGCGUGCGUGCCGUGCCACACCCCCACCUGCAAGCAAGAAAGACGUGGCGGCACAACACGAAGGCCCGCGGAUUCGCUAUCCCACGAGCGGCAACGGCCCGGUGGACGAGACAACGGCGUGGAACGAGCGUGUCGCCGAGAUGUGGCCCGUCUUUUGGAAACACCUCAACGGCCAUUCGGCGCUGGAGCGUAUUGCGCUACUCGAAGAUAUGAAGAGGAAGGAUGUCUGGAAUCUGUUGUCGUCUAUGAGCGAGUACCUACUUUGUGUACGGCACUGGUGA